UCAUUGUCCGCUGGACUGUUUUCGCGUUUGUGCACGUGGGUUUCAUCAUAGCGGCUGUAAAGUAUUAGAGCUAGAAGUCAUUUUGAAGCUUUUUUAGCCACUAUGGGCAAAGAUAAAAAGACAAAGAAACGUUCAGUCGGUCUCACAGAGGAUAUUCUCGAAUCAAAGACUGUAAAGCCAUCUGGAAGGCUCAAACAACGGAGAGAGCGGCAAGGUGAAUCAGAUGAUACGGUAAGAUCAUGAUCUGGAUCAGGUAAUUACCAAACAUUAAGAGCUCAGGGCCGAUAAACGGCUUGUUAACAAGGCUCCAAGGUUUUUAAUAAUACCAAUUACCGAUCGACACUUUUUCAUAAUAAUAAGCAGCUUUAAUAAACUUAAUUUAGCCUUUUAACGAUUGAGUGGCCCUCUAUUCUGUUUGUAGAGGCCCUGCCAGGGUAAAUUCCGACAAGCGACAUGAUCCAAAAAGUAGCGACAGAGCCUAAAACGAAAUGGCGACAAGCGACAACCUCCUUCGGCCAAAUUGCGACAAUGACGGCAAAACCGAGAAUAUGCGACAAAGAACGGUGGUUUGGCUAAUUUAUCACCAGUCUGAGUGCCAAGAAGAAGUAAUUUUCGUCAAUUUUCCUUGCGCUUCAGAGGUUGUCUCUCGUCAGGGAGUUCCAGUAGACCCUCCUGAGCGCGUCGCGUUGGCCCGUCGCGUAGUCUUCAUUUACGCAACCCCGCACAACUCCUGGGAGACCUUGGGACUAGGUUGUCCGUCAAAUAGCUUAAUUUACGCACGCUUUACAUCUCUUGUAAUCACUACUUUCAUAUAGACCAUGAUGCACCUUGUUUUCCCCCUCAGAAUUUUGCAUAACCAAUGUUUCCAAAUUCUCCAGGGCAUUACAGUCGUCCCAAGAGAAAUCGAAAACAAUGGUUAUGCAAAGUUUUUUUUUUUUUGGGGUGGUAAACAAGGUGAAUUAUGGUCUCUGUGAAAAUGGUGAAUACUUUGCUUGUUUCUGAACUUCUCAUAUCCUUGUCGACCUCUGUCGGACGGUGACGACGGUGGAGAGACCAGGGACCAGGUAACUUAAGCACCGCACAGCGUAGACCACCGUUAACUGGCCUUCACGUACGAUUUAUCAGGUCAGUUAGUCUUGAAAUGUUGAACGUGGAUCGCUUAGGGUGUGCUGACAGUGUUCCUUUAAGCGAAUCCAAAAACGGAUUUCUGAUCCGAGAUUUGCCAGAUUUCGCGGUCGAAAGGAACGUGAAAUCCGAAAUUGGAUUUGUGACCUUGGUAACCUUUCGCAAAUGCGUGCAAUAUGCAUGACAGCCUGAGCCUCUCAAGAAAUGACAUGUUUUCUACUGUUUGACAAAUUAUGCGAUUAUACCGUACAGAAUUUUGUGGUCGGCAGUUCGAAUAACGACGAUGGAACAUAAACAGAUCAAGAAAGUAGCAUGUUAAAGUUGAAAAUUAUCUAAAGGUUGUCGGCUCAGUUUGAUCCAGUUUCGUAGCUCGGUUUUCUAUGUAACACGAUCGAGUGCCUAUCGCGUCCAAGAGCGAGUUUGUAGAAAGAUAGCAGUUAUUUGUCCCUUUUACUUAUUUGUGUUUUUAAGCAAUCUUUAGCGACAAAUGGUCAGUACAUGGACAUUUUACUGUAUUACCAUGAACAAUCUUCUAGUGUUUUCAGAUGUUUUACGGCAAUUGGCAGCAAUUAGGAAACUCUACGGGAAUCCUUCAACUGGAAGUACAGCUGGAUCAUCUGACUAAUUUCGAAUCCACUGUGAAUGGAACAGCGUAGAUGACUAAUCCGUUAAUCUGGAUUCAGAUUCUUCGGAUUUCAAAUCCAAUGUGAAUCCUUUUUCAAAAAGGAUUCACCAGAUCAAAAAUUCGAAUUUGGAUUUGCCGAAAGGAAUGUGAAAUCCGUUUUAAGAUCCAAAUCCAUUUCUGGAUUCACCGAAAGGAACACACCCUUAAUUGUGAAUGGCGAUGUAUAGGUGUUCUAUACGCGAAAGGUUAACUGAGAAAUUGCUCAACUGUAAUGGUUUCUUUAAAACCCAUCGCUAUCCCCCUUUUCUAAAAUUCCGACAAAGACAAAGAAUUUUCGUUCAAUUUCCGACAGCGACGUGAAGCAUUAAUAAACACCGACAGGAGACGUUUUAAAAUUCAGACGAGCGACAUGGGAGCCCCCCCUGGCAGGGCCUCUUUGUAGUUUCUCCAUUGGUUGGAAGCAGAGUUUUUAAGGGGAUUGCUAGAGAUGGCACAAUAUAUAUUUUAUUGAGAUGGCUCAAACACAAAUCUAUUGAAAAUGAGCUGAAUUUUGGGAGCGACUUCAUAAUACCCAGCCUCAAAUUUUUGUGUCAAAUAUUCUGUUAUUGCGUUCUGCAGCAAUGAAAAGAAAGUUGGUGAGUAAAAAAAUUGCUACCUGGUCUGUAGUCCCAUAGUCCGCGAAAUUGAAAUUGAGUGUGUUAAUGUACUGAUGUACCAUUGCCGCGGUCCUCAGUCCUGAAGUCGACGAAU